AUGGGUGCGGUUGCGGCCACUGCACUGCAUACGAGCGGUUUCGGUUUGGCGCGGCGCUCGGAACGCACAGCCUCAGGUGGUUCCGAGUUUGACCGCGGCGGAGGUGGAAACCGUCGCCUCAGCGUAGCUAAAUUUACCCGCUCAACGCCAGCAGGUUGGUCAUGGCAGACGACCGGCGCCCAAACAAGAGCCUUUGCAUUUGCAUUGCACACACCGCUCCACAUGUGCUGUUGUUUUUGGCCGUCCGCCAUCGGAUCCCUCGACACCAUCGUCGACGCCGUGUGCCCAACACGAGCAGCGCCGUCCCUGCGUGCAGACGUCUCGCGACACCUGCAUAUGCUGCUUCUUCUUCUUGUUGCUGGCCAGGGCCCGUUGCCUCCUCUGGCCGGCACUGACGUCGCGGGGGCGAUAAGACGCCCGCCCGCCAAUGGCAGAUGUUACAGUUACUGUGCCUCGUCAUGCCAGCAGCACUAA